UACACAAAUGAGUGGGUGAUUGAGGUGAAAGGUGGCGAAGAGACCGCGAAAGAAGUUGCCAGGGAACAUCAUUUGGUAUACAUCGACAAGGUGAUGGACGACUUCUACCUCGUAAAGCACCGACGAUUAUCGAAGCGAUCUAUCAAAUCAACGUACAAAUUCAACAGGGAACUAUCAACCGAUUCCCACAUAACAUGGUUUCAGCAGCAAGUAGCCAAAGUUCGGGUAAAGAGAGAUACCAAUCGAGUACUUCUCACCGACCCAAAAUGGCCAAGAAUGUGGUACAUGAACCAAGAGAAUGGCAAUGGGAUGAACAUUAUGGUGGCGUGGAAACGUGGCUACACGGGCAGGAAUGUGGUUGUUUCCAUCCUGGAUGAUGGCAUCGAGAAGGAUCAUCCGGAUCUCAAGAAAAAUUACGACCCAGAGGCCAGCUAUGACGUGAAUGAUCAUGAUCCAGAUCCUCAACCCAGAUACGACAACACCAACGAAAACAAACACGGUACGAGAUGCGCUGGCGAGGUGGCCGCCCAAUUCAACAACAGCCUCUGCGGCAUAGGUGUGGCCUACAACGCCAGGAUCGGCGGGGUUCGAAUGCUCGAUGGCGACGUCACUGACGCCGUUGAAGCCAAAUCGCUCAGCUGGAAAUCUGACUACGUGCAGAUAUACAGCGCCUCAUGGGGCCCAGAUGAUGAUGGGAAGACUGUUGAUGGGCCUGGUCCGAUUACUGCCAAGGCAUUCGAAGAUGGAAUUUUGAAAGGACGAAAUGGACUGGGGUCGAUCUUCGUGUGGGCUUCCGGCAACGGAGGUCAACUGGGCGACGACUGCAACUGCGACGGCUACACGAACCUCAUCUACACGCUGUCCAUCAGUGGCGUGUCUGAGAAUGGAAACGUGCCCUGGUACUCGGAGGCUUGCUCCUCCGCCCUGGCCAGUGCCUACAGCAGUGGAAACUCUUCAGAAAGACAGAUUGUGACAACAGACCUGAACAAGCAGUGCACUGAGAAUCACACAGGAACGUCUGCAAGUGCCCCACUUGCAGUUGGCAUGAUUGCAUUAACCAUGGAAGCUAACACGCAGUUGACAUGGCGAGACGUGCAGCACAUUGUUGUUCUCGGAGCCAAGAGAAGCAAUCUUGUUGAUGCAGACUUCAAAUUAAACGGAGCAAAUAAAUAUGUGAGUCACCGUUUUGGAUUCGGGCUGAUGGACGUGGGACGCAUGGUUGAACUCGCUGAAAAUUGGACGAGAGUGCCAGCUCAGAGGAAGUGCGUUGUGCCGAGAACUAUUUCUCAGAAAGGCCUGUCAGUCAACAGCAAGCUGAACAUCUCGCUGACUCACAACGGUUGCUUAGACACGGAAGAUGAAAUAAAUUAUUUGGAACAUGUGCAAGUCAUCAUAUCGCUGGCGUCUCAGAAAAGAGGUGAAUUAGAAAUAUUUCUCAUUUCUCCGUCUGGCACAAAGUCAACACUACUCGGAAAGAGACCGAACGAUUUUUCCACUGAUGGAUUUCUCAACUGGACUUUCAUGACGACGCACUGCUGGGGCGAAACAGCCGCCGGAACCUGGAAGUUGGAAAUCAGAAACUCCGCCAGUUUAGUAUCACCUUCGAGACUUCUGAGAUGGACAUUAGUUUUGUAUGGAACGAAGAAGGAACCUUACUCAGCACCUUUACAGCACCUUAAUCCACAAAGACCGCCACUAUCAUCAGUGUCGUCAUCAUCUGCGUCAUCGCUAUCGUCAUCAUCUAUCUACAAACACUCAUUAUUCCCGUAUCAUUAUUCACAUUCUCACCAACAUUCUCUUCAUCAUCUUCCUCAUCGCCAUCAUCAACAUCAUCAGCAACAACACAACAACAUUCAAAAAAUUGAUUUUAUGCCAUAUUCUUCGCUAGGUUGGUCUUUAUCUCACUUUGUUGGACACUUUGUUUUAACUUUAAUUAAUACGUUAAAAAAUCUUAAUAAUAUUAAUAUAAGCAUGUUUUUUUCAUAA